UGGUUCCGUACUGCGUGGAAAAUGUAUCGAAAGAAAAAGUAAACAGCAAAGAUGUCGGCCGACCGAUUGCUGCGGCAAUCGUCUUUGGAAAAUCUAAUCGAAAGUGAUUUGGGUGGCGACCAAGAAAUGUUUAACCCAGUAAGUGUUGAAACUAGUGGUGAUGCUGAAGAUUUAAGGCAUGAGAUAGAUGAACAUGUGCAAAGGAAGAAGAGUUUAUCACUGCCCCCUUGUAAGAAGUACCAUUUGUUUAUAUCGUACAGCGCCGAAGACAGAGAAGAUGCAAACAAAAUUUGUGAGCACAUGGAAAAGAGAUUUCAAAUGAAGUGUAUGAAUUUUGAACGCGAUUUCGUUCCCGGUAAAAGCAUCGACGAAAAUAUUUCAUAUGAAAUGCAGAGAAGUGUGAAAGUGUUAUUAAUUCUGAGUCCAAAUUAUACGCAAAGUCAUUGGUGCGUGACGGAAGCACGUGAAGCAUGCCAGUUGUCUUUCAAAGAUUUGUGUGACGUAAGCGUUAUUCCAUUACUUCUUCGGCCUUUGGAAAAACAACUACCCCCUUUUUUGAAGUCAUUCGUUUAUAUUGAUGCUCAGAAAGAACUUGACGUGCCGGCAAAAAUUUAUGAUGCUUAUUUGAAUCCAGGUUCUAUCGAUCCCCUUCACAAAGAUCGCAAUGGAUCUUCUCAGCAUAAAUCCAGUGGGGCUUUCCUUUGUCAGAAAUUUGCGUCACAAACAAAGAUUUUAAAGCACGGGUUCGCUUACAGGUUUCCCCAGCUGGACAAUCAUGAAAUGGAAAAAUUCGCCACAUUUGAUCUGGAACCUUUGGAGUGCGCCACACAUUACUUCGAUCUUAUUAAAGAUCUGAACUCCCGGAGGCUUCUCCGAAACUAUCCAUUGCUGGUUACAAAGUGGCGCUUCCUGUUGCUGUUAUUAUUGACUUUAACCAUUUGCUGUUUCUUUGGUGGAAUGAAUUUUGUUGCAUUACAAAUGGAAUAUUCCGCAGUCUCUUAUGAAAAUCCCAUCACCACAGAGAACACAUUGCCCCUUGCCAUAGUGAACAUUGUUGGUAUCACUUUAUUGCUUCUUUUGAUCCUUUGUUUCUUCUGCUGUGUGCCAUUUUGUAGGAAGAAGAUGUCCGCAUCGAUCCAUUCAGUGCUUCUUAAGCACAACAGAAAGUUCUACAAGAAAAGUAAAUGCUUGGUUUUCUUCGACGACACAUAUGUUUUAAAACCAUCACUAAAUAUAUUUAAGUAUGACGUCACUGAAUGUCAGAAAUAUAUUUGUCUCCUGCUGGCCAAAAAGAGGCCAACGAUGACGGAAGAUGAAAUACAGACAACAGCAGACGACAUGAUGUAUCAGAAGCUGAGAGACCUACAGAUGACCAACGCCUUGAUCCAUUGGACGACCAUCCCAGAGAGCACGAGCAGACGACACAUCACGAGGAACAACAGGGCCUGUCUGUGUGAACUAGUGGAAGAAAGUAUCAACAUAAGCGGCCCAGGACCGGCAUCCACCCGCCAAAUCAUAGAAGUAUGAAGCAUGGAUAUAGAGAACAUGCUGAUGGAAACACGAUUGAAGUAUGAGACAUUAGUAUAGAGAAGGUGCUUGGAGAAAAUUUUUGAGUUGUUAAGCAUGAGUAUGCAGUAGAGAUCAUGGUAAUACAAAAAGGAAUAAAAUUAUGAAGUUCGUAAUGAUGGAGAGUAAAGAAAAAGAAUUGAAUUUUGAAGUAUGUACAUAAAAUUAAUAUGCUGUUGGAAAAAGAAUUGAAUUAUGAAGUGUUGAUAUAGGAAAUAUACUGACAGAAAAACAAAUGAAAUACAUUGUAUGGAUCACAGUUUGGACAUAUAUGAUUUUGUAUCACAAACUCAUAUACAAGUACAUGUAUAUAUACGAGUAUUGUUAUUCAAGGUUUUAUAAAUGUCACCACUGAUGAUAUGCUGAUAGUCAAAUGAUAUUAUACAUGUUAAUGGUUGUACAUGUACUUACAAUCUAUAUAUGCUUCACAAUUUUACCACUUUCAUUGAUUCAUGAUAUUAGAUCUAACGUAAAUUGGAAGUAUUCUACCUCUCAAAACUACUGCAGCAUUUAUUGGGAAGUACUCUAGUCAUUUGUGAGAAAUGCAUUUUUUUUAAGUUAAUGGUUGUACAUGUACUUACAAUCUAUAUAUGCUUCACAAUUUUACCACUUUCAUUGAUUCAUGAUAUUAGAUCUAACGUAAAUUGGAAGUAUUUUACCUCUCAAAACUACUGCGGCAUUUAUUGGGAAGUACUCUAGUCAUUUGUGAGAAAUGCAUUUUUUUUUCAAGUUUAAAGUAAAUACAUUUACAUUAUGUUUUUUUUUUAUUAUCUAAUCUAUAUUUGUUGUUCAUUUUAUUCUUCGAGUACGUUUUUGUAUUUUUUCAACAUGCUUGUAAUUAUUAUUGCCAAAACGAAUAAUCUGAUUUGCAUAUUACCUCAGUUUUCAUACAUAUAUAUUCUAAUAAAAAUAAUCAUAAUCUAGA